AUGUAGAGUGAAUAGCAUCGCUUAAGUACAAAUUCAAGUGGAUCGGUCGAUAUUGGUUAACUCUUAAAAAAGUACAAAUAAGCAAACACAAAAUUGAGCCCUUUGCCUCUGGAAUAAUUUGAAUAGGUAGCUCUAGAUAGUAAAAUUGAUCUUUUGCAACAAUUGCCAGACAAUGAUCUAACCCAAUUUUUAGGGUUUAAAGAACUCAAUUAAGGGGCUGUCAGCGAGUUGAAACGCUCUUUAUUACAAUCUAAAAGGAUGUGGAACAAUUAUAGUCAGUCCUUAUUUACUGAGGAAUAGUAGUAGGAUCAGCCAAAAUAUUACACUUCUAGAAAAAUGCAAUUAAUACACAACAGAGACACUUUUAGGCAAAUCAAAGAAAAAUACAAGAAACAAGAAGAAACUUAGAUUGAGGAAGUCAGAAAAUACUUUCAAAAAAUAUAAUCAAAAAGUCCAGGAGUCAAAUCAUAUCCUUCUAUGCAAUAUUAAGACCUACAGAGAAUUGAAUAAAUACGCAAAUAGAUAAGGUAAGGCAAUCAAAGUGAAUUAAUAACUAAAAGUAAGGAUGCUGAACAAUUAUAAAGGAGAUUAAAUGAAUCGUUAAUCAACGAAAUUAAAAUAAAGAAACAAUGUGUGUACAUAUAUAAAGAUACUAAUUUAAAUUGGUAGCCAUGCUCUAGGAAUGCUAGUACUAUGCUGGCAUAUGAUCAUAAAUUAUAUUUAUACGGAGGAGCAGGAUCUAAGCAAGCAGAGGACUUUUGUUAUGCUAACAUUGAUAAAUGUAAGGUAUUAAUAAAAUUGUAGAAAAAUAUAAAUGGAAUCAAAUUAAACUGGACGAAAAAUCAUCUAAUGGUUAUAGGGGAAAUCAUUCAGCAGCAAUCUAUAAGAAUUUCAUGAUCAUCUUUGGUGGUGAAGUGCACUAGGUAAUCAAUGAUAAACGAAUAAGCAGUGAAAUAACCAGUGACAUUAAAAUAGUAAAUCUAAGUAAUAAAAUUCAAUAAUAUCAGUUACCAAUGAACUUAAAGUUUUAAAGUAAACAGGAAUCAUACCUCCUCGCAAAUGUCAUAUAGCAGAAGUCAUUGGAAGAAAUAUGAUUGUCCAAGGAGGGAUUGAUCUCAAGGGUUAAUACUUAAGAGAUGUGAUUGCCUAUGAUAUAGUAACUCAAAGAUGGUCAUAAGUCUUAACAGAACAACAUGUCUGCUUUCCCGAUGGAGUAGCUUUUCACAAGUCUUGUGCAGUCUUCCAUAACACUUAAAUAGAAUUAUAUAAAAAUGAUCCUGAAGUUAAGUUUAAUUAUUAGGGAGUUUUCAUCUUCGGCGGCUUUGAUAAGAAUGGCCAUUACCUAGACAAACUUAUUAAAAUUGAUAUCACUACUAAGCCUAUCAAUUUUGAACAAGUUUAGACUAAAGGACUUUCACCCAGUAAAUUAUCUGAUCAUAUUUGUAGUUGGUCGUUGUUAACAUUCAAUGAAUUAUCUAGAGCAAUAUCAGGUCAUAGUUAUUUAUGGAGGCAAGAAUGAUGAUCUUAAUAUAAAUGGGUUUUUAAAUGAUAUUCAUUUGCUUGACAUGAAAUCAUUGACUUGGAUUAGUGUAGAAAUUAAAGGGUUUUAAGUUGCAGGUAGAUGUGGACAUAGUGCUGCUUGUAUAGAUUCAAAGUUAUACAUUUUUGGAGGUUGUAAUUAUUCAGGCUUUCUGAAAAGUGAUCUGCUUGUAAUUGAACUAGAUCCUAUAUCAGCCUAACAAUUUGGGCAAUAGGAUGUAGUUGUUGAAAAACCAAUAAAAUCUCAAUUAAAAGUAACAUUCAAAAAACAAAUUCAUAAAGAUCAUCUCACUGAAAUUAAAGAGAAAAUAGAUUAAAUAUGUUUAAGACCUUAAAAAUAAAGUCUUUUUUUACCUAAACCUAGAAGAUUAAGCGAUUUACUAAACUCACUGAAUUUGAAAGAACUUAUUUAACCAAAUUAGUAGGAAAAGGAUAAAGAUAAAGAAAAAGAUAAAGAAAAAGAUUAAUAAUAAAAAUCAAGUAGAGGUUCUAAUAGAUAAUCACCAAGGAAAGAAACCCCUAGAAUGCCAAUCAAAAAUAUCAAAAGAACUAUGACCACUAUUGUUAAUUCAAAUUGA